AUGAGUCUCGCCAGGCCGCUCUUGCUGUUGCUACUGCAGAUUGCGGGCGAGGCGCGAGCCUUGCACGCAGGCGCCAACGCCGCGCCCGGGCAGCUGCUGCGCCGGCCCGCGGCCGCGCUGCUCCGGGCGGCGCCCUCGUGCGGCGCAGCGCUGGGUGGGGCUUCUCCGGCGGGGCUGCGGGCGCUGCGGCUGCGCGGCGGCUCGAGCCAGCUGUUCGUCAAGACGCUGUCGGGCAAGACGGUGACGGUGGAGGUGGAGGAGAGCGACUCGAUCGCCGACGCCAAGAUCCAGGACAAGGAGGGGAUCCCGCCGAAGGAGCAGCGCCUCAUAUUUGAUGGGAAGCAGGCGCGCCAACCGCGCUCUGCCCUGCUCGCCGCCUCUUGCCUUCCUCGGCGUCGAAUACUGCGCGAGCGCCACCGCCUCUCCGCCUGCUCUCUGGACGACACGAAAACGAUCGGCGACUACAACAUUGAGGAGGAGAGCACGAUCCACCUCGUGCUGCGGCUGCGUGGGGGAGGCGCCGUGCGGUGGUGACGCCCGCACUGCCGUCGGCCGACUUCUGAGGACGCUUGUUGCGUGGAGAGGGUGGUAGAGCCGUGUAGCGAGGCAGUGCGACGGCGUCGCUCGGUGUCGCGAGGGGUGGAGGUCUCUCGCGCGUCCGCGUGCGUUCACGUUGUCCAUUGUUGCUCUUUGUAACAGUCUGCGUCACACUCACACACACUCUCUCCCUCUGCUACACCUAUCCGCGGGCGGCGGUGGGGCGGGGGACGUAGUGUCGAAGUCGGUCGGGUGCGGCCCGACAACGCGGAACGCCUCAGAACGCCCAGUUGACGGGGGGUCUCCGUCUCGGCCUGCGCCGUGCGCGGCCUGCGCGGCGCGCUGUGGCGCUGACCGCCGCUGUCCUCGCAAGCUGAGUGUCCCCCGAAACGAUGGCGCGGCCAUGCGAAGAAGCAUGGGCGACUGGGCACUCCCCGCGCGUGGAAUAAAGUGGGGGCUGCCGCGGUGGCGCGCGACGCGGAUGCCGGUUCCGCCGCAAACGAUACCAUCGGGCUCUCAGACAUGAAUCGGCACCCCGACCGCUAGAGCGGCGCCUCCCCGCCAGCGCCGCGGCUCGAAGCUGUCCGCCGGGCCCGGAAGACAUGUAGACGGGGGCAAGAGAGCAAGCGGCGGCACAACAAAAGAGCAAGCGGCGGCACAAAGCGAGGAGGAGGCGUGAGAGGCGGUGCUGCUACAGCUUCGCCAGCUCCGCCUGCAGCUCCGCCUCCCACGCCUCCGCGCCGUCCGCCGCCUCGCCGACCGCCUGUGUAGGACACGUCAGGGACGUGUCGCGGACGUGUCCAGGACAUGCCACCCGUGCCGCCGCCCCGCGGACCGCCGCGUCGACGCCCGCGCCCGCGCAAAGGCCGCCGCCUCUCGCCAAGCCGCCUCCGAUGCACACCGCUGCCGCCG